AAUGACUUGUAUGUUUAGUUUAUCGUUCACAUACAAAGUUAUGUAUCUACAUUUCGGUAUAUUAUACGUCUUCCACAAAUAUACCUACGCCGAAUAUGUAUCCAUACUAUGAAUCAGAUUGGAGUGUUUUGCCACCAGAGGCUAACAGAAGGAGCAGUUAUUUUUUUAGAGCAAAACUAAUUGUUCUAAACAGAAAUCUUUGGUGGCAUAGAAUUCUUCGUACAUUGUUGUAAUCAUACUCAAGUCACCUCCCUCCAUAAUAACAGCUCCAGUAUUUGAUUAAGGAUUAAGUAUAUCCUUGUGAUGGUGUCUAAAUACCCCGCGGCCACAGUGGUGGGGAUGUAACACAACUUAUUGCAAGUUUUCGCGACGUUGUCAGAUGGCACUUUAUCGUCGAAAGGGAGGAACGUUCAAAUUGGAAUGAUUUUUUUUUGUACGACAUUUCUAUUAAUUUUAACUCAGUAUUUUAGUGUUAGACUAAAAAAGAACAAAUCCUAACCAAAUUAAAGUUGGUUUUUCAUCUGUGUUUAGUUUUUACUCCGUUUGGCUUUUUAAAUUUGUAUAUCAUACAAAUCUAAGCUAAAAAGAAUCAAUAACAAACAACGUUUUUAACCGUAUAUUUUACGUUUUGAAAACAUGUUUUCUAUAAUUUAUAUAACUAUAAAAUCCAUAUUAAUUAAUUAAUUUAUUUAUCAUUUAUUAGUUAUUAAAAAUUGAACUUCAGUGGUGGCGAGAUUGUGAAUUGCAAAGGUUGAUGAUCAGGUCUAUGACUUACCGUAAAUCACCCGUUUUAGCUAUAUUUUUCUAUAACAGAAAGUAUUCAAAAUCAGAAAAGAUCUUAAAUUUUUUAAAAGUUGUUUGGAAUGGGCCAGGUGACGUCACAGUCAUCUGGAACGCUCUACUAAACCGGCAGAAAUAAAUUGUCGACGUAACUACGCUAUCUUAAUUUGCCGUCUGUUUUAUAAUAGGAAAAUAACGAUAAUGUACAAUAUAUUGAUUUAUUUAAAUGGACCGGGGAUAAUUAAUGUGUUAUAACUUUUAAUAUUAAAGUUUUUUAUUUAUUUUUUAUUGAUUUAAUUUCCGAUGUUACCAAACUUUAAUCUAUGGAGGUCACUAUUAAUGAUAAAAUAAUUAUUUUUCUAUGAUACUGUGGGCGAUGUCAAAAUACGAAGGUGAUAUUUUAUAGGUACUUGCAUUAUUUUGGAGAACAGUAACCUUUUACAAAAUAGUUUCACAGAGCAAUCAAUAUUACCCAUUUUAUUUUCCUAUUUUAUCGAAUUACUUUGUGCAGUGUUUAGGUGUGAAUUACUACUGAAAAUACCAUGAAUGCUUCAGAGCAUGGAUUUAACCCAGCGUUUAAUAUGGCUACGAUCAAGCAGGUUGUUAAUGAAGCAAUUGAAAAAGUACGAAUGCCUACACCUAUGCGACUUCGUGACCUGAUUAGACAAAUUAGGGCUGCUAGAACUGCUGCUGAAGAACGAAGCGUUGUAAAUAAAGAAUGCGCAUAUAUCAGAAGCACAUUUAGGGAAGAAGACUCAGUUUGGAGAUGUCGAAAUAUUGCAAAGCUACUUUAUAUUCAUAUGUUGGGUUAUCCAGCACAUUUUGGACAAUUAGAGUGUUUAAAGUUAAUAGCUAGCACAAGGUUUACCGACAAAAGAAUUGGAUACUUGGGUGCUAUGUUAUUAUUGGAUGAAAAACAGGAUGUACAUUUACUGAUUACAAACUGUUUGAAAAAUGACUUAAAUUCGACAACCCAAUUUAUUGUGGGGCUGGCUCUGUGCACUUUGGGAGCCAUUGCUUCACCAGAAAUGGCCAGAGAUUUAGCAGCUGAAGUAGAACGGUUAAUGAAAUCACCUAAUGCUUAUAUUCGUAAAAAGGCUGCAUUAUGUGCAUUCCGGAUUAUAAAAAGGGUACCUGAAUUAAUGGAAAUAUUUCUACCGGCUACUAGGAGUAUGUUAUCAGAGAAAAACCAUGGCGUUCUGAUUACAGGAGUAACAUUGAUUACUGAAAUGUGUGAAAAUAGUCCAGACACUUUGAGUCACUUUAAAAAAAUAGUUCCAAAUUUAGUGAGAAUAUUGAAAAACUUAAUACUUGCUGGGUAUUCUCCAGAGCAUGAUGUGUCUGGUGUGAGCGACCCUUUUCUGCAGGUUAAAAUAUUAAAGCUACUGCGUAUUUUGGGCAUGAAUGAUACUGAUACUUCAGAAGCAAUGAAUGAUACCUUGGCACAAGUUGCUACCAACACUGAAACAAGUAAAAAUGUAGGAAACACUAUUUUAUAUGAGACGGUUUUAUCCAUAAUGGAUAUAAAAUCAGAAGGCGGAUUGAGGGUUUUAGCGGUGAAUAUUUUAGGCCGCUUUCUUUUAAAUAAUGAUAAAAAUAUUAGAUAUGUAGCACUAAACACACUUUUAAGGACAGUGCACGUUGAUACAUCAGCUGUUCAAAGACAUCGUUCAACCAUAUUAGAAUGUCUUAAGGAUCCAGAUGUAUCGAUUCGUAGACGAGCAAUGGAGUUAUCAUUUGCCCUAAUUAAUUCCCAAAAUAUUAGAACUAUGAUAAAGGAAUUAUUAGUAUUCUUGGAGAAGGCUGAUCCAGAAUUUAAGGCUCAAUGUUCCAGUGGCAUAGUAUUAGCUGCUGAAAGGUUUGCGCCAAAUAAAAGAUGGCAUUUGGAUACUUUAUUCAAAGUGCUUGUGGCGGCUGGAAAUUAUGUAAGAGACGAUGUAAUAGUUUCUACAAUUCAGCUGAUAUCAGAAAGCACAGAUCAGCAAUCAUAUAUGACCCACCAACUGUAUAAGGCUCUAGCAGAAGAUCUUCAAAAUAGGCAGCCUUUAACUCAGGUUGCCGUGUGGGCAAUUGGGGAAUAUGGCGAUCUAUUGCUGCAGACAUGUAACAAUGAAGAAUCUGGCAUGGAACGAGUGUCUGAAGAAGAAGUUAUAACAAUUUAUCAAAGACUUCUAUGGUCUCCUCAAAACAGUCCUACCACAAAACAAUAUGCAUUGAUGUCCAUUACAAAGCUUAGUACUAGAUUUAUAAAUACAAUUGGACAAAUUCAACAAAUCAUAAGGUCUUAUUGUUCGAGUUUACAUAUUGAACUACAACAAAGAGGUCUAGAGUUCUCGCAGUUGUUUGGCAAAUAUGAUCAUCUCAGACCGGCCUUAUUAGAGAGGAUGCCACCCAUGGAAGUUGUUCGGCAAUUGGAGGAUGCUCAGUCUAAUGAUUAUAUUGAACCUGAACCAAAAUCAGGGGAGGAAAGCCCACCUGAUAGUGUUGAAUCGAGUGCAUUAUUAGAUCUGCUUGGUACUGAUGAUAUAGACAUAAUUAAAUCGACAUCUCAACCACCUGCGCCUCAACCUGUCUUGAAUUCUAAUCAGGAUUUGUUAGAUCUAUUGGGACUAGGACCAUUAGGAAAUGAAGCUACAACGAAUGGGACAGGCAACAAUAUAGGACUCAUAAUGGAGAAUAAUAAUUCCAAUUUGUUUCCUGUAAUAAGCAAUCAUAAUUCCAACUUUUUAAGUGAGGAUAUAUUUAGUAAUGAUCUGAGAAAUGAGUCAGUUAAUUUGUCUUCCUUAACGGCAUUUAACAAAGAUGGUCUCAAAAUUUUAUUUAUGUUUGAAAGAAAUAAAGAAAAUAGUACUGUAACAAUCAAUGUGACUGCUCUCAAUGAGACAAAGUUAACCAUGACUGAAUUUUUAUUCCAAGCGGCUGUUCCCAGGACAUUCCAAAUACAAAUGUUGUCACCAUCAGAUACAGUAUUACCCUCAAAUGGAAAAAUAACUCAAAUCUUGAAAAUUACAAAUCCGACACAGAAUGUAUUGAAGAUGAGAAUACGGGUGACUUACACUGUAGAUGGUAAUCCAGUUGUUGAACAGACAGAAGUUAAUAAUUUUCCAUCUGAUUUGUGGGAAUGACUACUGCAAACAGCUAUGUAAGGAAGUUAUAUUACUGAUUUUGUUUUUUGUUAUUGGAUGUAAAUAAUACGAGAGAAAUUAUAUCAUUUGAAAUACGUA